AUGCGGUUUACUGUGCGCAUUGCGGCGGAAAAAGGUGGAAGCACUCGCCGUAGGUAUUCUUUGCCGCAUACAGUGCGUGGCGGUGCAAAACACGAGGUCGACGACGCUCCGCCGAAACGUCGAUCCUCAACGGGCGCCGCUCUCUCUGCACCCGAGACGCUGCUUGCAGUCCGCACAAGUGAUCCUGAUCAUGGGGCAAGCUCAAAAGCGGAUGCGGCUGGAAACCGGCGGCAAAUGCAGGCGCUAGACUGUAACGCUACGGAGCGUGGCAGUGCAAAAGAUGCGUCCCCGGUCUUCGGAGACUCGCUGUCGUCCAGACAGUACGCUGGUACUUACUCCGAGGAGAAUGCCCUGCAGCGCGACCGUACUACAGGUAGCGUUUCAAAUAAUGUCACCGAUGAUGCCGGUAUCCGUCCAGGCAUCCGUCCCGUGGACCACGCCGAUGACCCGCGGACCCUGAUUCCGUCGAGUUGGUGCAAGACACCAGCGCGACUGAGUCAGCGGAUUGCUGUUUUCGGCCAGUCUCCCGGAGCUGCAUCAGCCCGAACAAAACGAUCCGAGGAAAGAAUGCAUCAUUUGCCGCCGAUUUCCGUACAGAGCGUCCGCAAACGAAUCCGCAUCCCUUCAGCGGAACCGAUGAGCCAGCAGACUCCCAGAUGCGAUGAAGAGCCUGCUUCAAACGGCGCCAGAAGCGAGCAUCGCGAAGCACGCGAGACGAGCGACGAUGCCGCUUUUCGCUCACCUUUUGCGGAGACGUUUUUCGGGAAUCCUGACGGUACGCCUUGGUCUUCAGCUCGCAAAAGAAAGAUUGCUUCCCGGCUCUGUUGGGGUACUGGUUCGGGGACUCGAUCGCCCUCGAGCCUGGUCGCGACACAGCAGCAAUCGCCUCCGCCUCUGGAGCUCGACGGACAGCACCUAGCAUGCUCGCCUCAAGGUGAGGCGCAUCUGUCUCGAACUGGCACUGGCGGAGCGCCGUGGGCGCUCCGACUACACUAUCGAUGCGCGAUGAGCCGCUUCGCCAAAAUGCUUCGGGAGUGGGAGUCAAGGCGCCUGCUUUUCCUCCAGCAAUCACAAGAGGACCCUGCUUUGUCGCUAUUCAGUCGUCUUGAACGCGCAGAAAUGCAGAGCGCUUCUGUUACGCCCACCGUCACCGUGCAAAAGGUCCUGUGGCGCCCGAGACGGACGGGCGCUGCUUCCGAACGCCCCGUUCCGCUUCGAAUUGCCCUUGUUGCUGUCGAGGAUAUCGCCGAAAGCGUCUCCAUGACGCAGCAUCAACUGGCGGCUCGCCCGAGCUUGAAUACGGGUGCAGCGGUGGCAUCUGCAAGGGACAAUUCGAACGAUUGUCGCUGGGCAGUCACCGACGCAGCUCAGCAACACCCGGAUGUUGCGACCUUAUGCGAACUCGUUCGCGAUAAUGGCGCCAUUUUAGCAACAAGAACGCGCCGAGGACUUGACCAAGCUAUCGUGCAGGAGGAGACACCAGCAACAGCGGUAGCGCCGGCUCCGCUUACAUCCGUCGAUACCCGCAGAGCCAGCGCCAUCAGCAGCAGACAGUAUUGCCGGAGCUCCAGCUCCGAUCAUAGAAUGAGUGCAGUCCUCUUUCUGCCUGAGCGUGCCGCGAGCGGUAUCGUAGAGCCCGGCCGCCGUCUCCAGUUGUACGGUGCACACUGGACGAGUUGGCUGCGGGGCUCGCCAGCAGCACCAGCAGCACCAGCAGCGAGUUCGGCGUUAGCGCCAGCUAUCGUUGCGGCCCUUGCAGUGCCACUGGAACAGCCGCUAGCUUCUCCGUCGCGAACUGGCCAACCAUCCCCGGAAACUUUUGCGAACGUACGUACUGCUGACGGUCCAGGGGAACAACGUGAAGCCUCCCAGCUUCGCGUACUAGCACCAGGAGCCAGUGCCGUGGCUCCCCUGGAACGUUUCUGGUACACCCAACUACGCCAGUGUAUUCUACAACAAAUCGCGCACUGUCUCCCGCCGUCUACCUUGCAGUGCCGCUACCUAUCUUGCUUAGCGCAGGUUUUCCACGAACCGUACCUUGUCCAGACUCGUAUUGGUUUUUGGGGCAGGCUCUGCGGCCCAGGUGAGCAGCACGAGAACACCGGCUGGUUCACUGUUGCUGAUCUCGACGGUGGAACCACUGCCAUUGUGACGUACACAGGUAAUCGAACUCCUUUCGUCGAUUUCGAACAACCCGGACAAUGUCCAGGCCUCUUCUUCUUCGAGCAACUGCGCGUGUCGAUGUUGUGCCCUGCGGCUGCGUUGUGCCGGCGACAACAAGCGCCCGCGGAGACGUUCGCGUUGCAGCCAGCACUGCAACUCGCGUGGCUUCCGCAACGUUCCCGACUAGUGCCGCUUCCACCUUCGCUGGUGUCGAAUUACGAAGGACUGCACCUGCAUAGUUGA